AUGAAUAAACGGGGAGUUACACUCACCAUUUGCCUCGUCAUUUUCUUCAAAAUAAAGAUUUUCCUUUUUAAAGAGGUCAACCAUGCAAAGACGCACCUGCUCAAACGACGUUGCGCUUUCGCAACCGUAGGUAGCACGCCGAAAAGGAGACAAAUCCCGGUUCAGUACAUUCACGCUGCGUGCGCAUCCCCCCGUGCGCAACAAAAAGGGGCAAGACCAAAUCGAAGCAGACGUAAAAAUAAUCUCACACCGCAUAAGCCCCUGUUUGCCAAUGAGCACAGCCCAAAUGAUGAACUGCAAGAAGACUCCUCCCUUGAUAAGGGGACUGGCCACGAUGAAGGAGAAAACAAAUUCAUCGGCAGGACAUUCGAAGGGAUAACCAUAUACCCCCUGCAACAACCGGGUGAAGAACAGAACGCCUUCAGAACUAAAAUACCAUCGAGGGAAUUCAAGCCAAAGAGAAGUUUGGGGCAGAAUUAUUUAAAGGAUGAAAAUAUCAUUCAAAAAAUGGUCAAUGCGAUUGAGAUGGAGGCCGAUGCGUUUUAUCUGAGGGACAAUCGGGUUGGCAGUGUGCAGGCGAGGGGCGGGAAGAAGGCCAAGGGGAAGGUGAAGCAGAAGGGAAAGCGAACGAAGAAUAAGACCGAGCAGCACGCAGGUGAUGGCGGCAACAACGGAGUUGUCCAGGCUGAUGAGAGCGCUUCAAAUGCCCAUAACAAUUUUGCACGUUCGGAUAAUAAAUGUGCAGGUACGGAAAGCCCCACCUCGGGCAGCGCACACGAGGCGCGCUCCUUCCAAAGCGUGGAGGACCAGGGGAAGGGAAUCAUCGAGCUGGGGUGUGGACUAGGACAAAUCAGCAAAUUCCUCUUCGCAAAAUAUAAAAAAAUGACGGCCGUUGAAAUAGAUAGUCGAGCUUUAUCAGUGCUGAGCAGAACCAUGCCAGGCUUCGACUUCAUCCACGAUGAUGUGUUACAAAUAAAUUAUAAAGAGCUGUCCCAAAGUAAAGGUACCAAAUUAACCGUAAUAGGAAAUUUACCCUUUUACAUAACCUCACAAAUAUUGUUCUGCCUACUCGAUUAUCAUCACUACAUAGAACAAGCCAUCGUUACCAUUCAGUAUGAAGUUGGACAGAGAAUUAUUGCCAAACCGAAUGAAAAAAACUACUCCAUAUUAAGCAUACUUUUUAAUUUGUACACAACCCCCUAUUUGCUUUUUAAAAUCCCGAGCUCUGCCUUUUACCCGGUGCCCAAGGUAGAAGCAGCUGUCAUGAAAAUUAUUUUCAAACAUUCCAACCUGAACUGUAAUUUACUUUUUUUAAAAGAAAUUCUACGACACUCGUUUCAGCAGAAGAGGAAAAAACUCAAGUCCAGUUUGAAACGCCUCCUUGAGAAAUACUCCACCGCAGAGGAGCAGCUUCAGCUGCCACCAUCUGUUUGCCAUUUGAGACCCCAGCAGUUGACUCCUCCGCAGUUCGUUGAACUCACCAACUUUUUAUUUCCGCUUACCUCCUACCCCUUCGACCCCACUGUGCAGACCAAAGUGUGGCGCAAGAAGAAGCACGGGGAUUGA